CUUCAUGCCUGAUGUUUCUCUUCUCUUUGCAGGUUUAUGUUGUGGCUCUGGGUGGAAUGUUACUCAAUCAGCAGGUUACCAUCGGCGGCUCAGGAAGCACCUACAUCUACGGAUACGUUGACGCUAAAUACAAACCCAACAUGACCAGAGAGGAAUGUGUGCAGUUUGCCACCAAUGCUCUUGCUCUGGCGAUGGGAAGGGACAACGUCAGCGGAGGUGUUGUUCACCUGGUGGUGAUCACAGAAAAAGAGGUGGAGCAUGUGGUUGUACCUGGAGACAAGCUGCCAAGAUUUCACGAUGAAUGAAUGAUUUUUUAUGAUUUAGUUUUACAUACAUGUUUGAAUUUUUGGAAUGAUCUCUUUGAAUUUCUAAUUGAUAUAAUUUGUUCUGUCUUAGCUAUUGGCUACAAGAACACUCUUUCCAUUUCAUGUUAGGUGAGCAACCUUAGUGUCAUUUAAAUAAACAAUUGGGUAUCUCAUGUGAAAGACAGGUGUCUGUUUUUUAAUAAGUAAUAGUUAAGUUUAUGACCAAAAAAUAACUACAAUUCUAUUUGAAUACGUCUUUAUCCAAGAAAAUAAAACAUUUUGUU